GCUUUUUCUGAUUUCUGAUGGGGCAUCCUGAGGAUCGACCCCGCAAUGCGGGGUCUCCGGUUUUAGCAAAAGAGAAAGAGAGAAGAAAGGGAUAUUUAAGAACUUCAUGAACCUCCUCCUCUCAGCGUGCCUCUCCUAAUCUCAACCUCCUCCAUCUCCAAACCUCAAAACCCAUAAUACCCUCCAAUAUGCGCGCCCAAGAUCUUCCCGAUUUCAAGGACUUGCCGCCCGUCCCAGGCAUGCCUCCUGGAACCGCGUGGGGAAUAUGGGACAAGAACGGGGAGCGGGACAACUGCGGCUCUCUGAACCUCCUUACUCCUGAGAACACCAAAGAAGCGCAGAAAGAAAUCCGCACCGGACAAGGUGUCGCACUCAACUGGUCUCUCCAGCGCGUGGCCGAACCCGGGUUCGCGCGUGAACAGCCCAAACAUACAUUCAAAGACCUUACACCUCUCGGCCUCGCUGCCUUCGACGAGGUCAUCCACAUCAACACACAAUCCGGGUCUCAAUGGGACGGAUUCCGCCACUGGGCCCAGCAGGAGACGGGCCUGUACUACAACAACCUCAAGCACGAUGAGAUCCCGGACCCGGCGCACGUCGAGAAGAACGGCAUCCACAACUGGACGAAGCGCGGGGGGAUCGUGGGGCGCGGCGUGCUGAUCGACUACGUAGCGUACGCCGAGCGCCACAACAUCCAGUACUCGGCCGUGACGCGCCACGAGAUCACCAUCCACGAUAUCGAGACCGCCGCCAAGGAGCAGGGCGUCGAGUUCAAGCCCGCUGAUAUCUUGAUCAUCCGCAGCGGCUGGGUCAAGUGGCAUGAUGAGGCUGAUGAGGAGGCGAGGAUCAAGGGCGCUAGGGAUGGCCAUGAACAUGUCGGCGUCCAGGGCAGUAAGGAGUCGGUGGAGUGGCUUUGGAAUCACCAUUUCGCCGCCGUGGCAGGUGAUGCGAUUGCCUUUGAGGCUUGGCCGCCAAAGGCCCCGUAUCGCCUCCAUGAUCACCUUUUAGCUAUGUGGGGAACUCCUAUCGGUGAGCUGUGGAAUCUCGAAGAGUUGGCGGAAGUUUGCAAGAGAGAGAACCGAUAUAGUUUCUUCCUCACGAGCGCACCCUUGAAUAUCCACGGCGGCGUUGCAAGCCCGCCAAAUGCGUUGGCCAUCUUCUAG